GAGAAUCUGGGGACCGGCUCGCAUCUCUGGCCGUCGCCUCCCGCCCUUCCUCGCCGAGGACCGGGUUCUUGAGGGGGAACGUCUGGACCUCAAGCCACCAUCGCGGCGUCAUCUGCUGUUGCUCUGAGGAUGCUGAACGGCACCACUCUAGAGGCAGCCAUGCUCUUCCACGGGAUCUCCGGAGGCCACAUCCAAGGCAUCAUGGAGGAGAUGGAGCGCAGAUCCAAGACCGAGGCCCGCCUGGCCAAAGGCGCCCAGCUCAACGGCCGCGACGCGGGGAUGCCCCCGCUGAGCCCCGAGAAGCCCGCCCUGUGCGCCGGCUGCGGGGGCAAGAUCGCCGACAGGUACUACCUGCUGGCCGUGGACAAACAGUGGCACCUGAGGUGCCUGAAGUGCUGUGAAUGUAAGCUGGCCCUCGAGUCCGAGCUCACCUGCUUCGCCAAGGACGGUAGCAUUUACUGCAAGGAGGAUUACUACAGAAGGUUCUCUGUGCAGAGAUGUGCCCGCUGCCACCUUGGCAUCUCCGCCUCCGAAAUGGUCAUGCGCGCCCGAGACUCCGUCUACCACCUGAGCUGUUUCACCUGCUCCACCUGCAACAAGACCCUGACCACGGGCGAUCAUUUUGGCAUGAAGGACAGCCUGGUGUACUGUCGCGCCCACUUCGAGACCCUCUUGCAAGGAGAGUAUCCACCGCAGCUGAGCUACACCGAGCUGGCGGCCAAGAGCGGCGGCUUGGCCCUGCCUUACUUCAACGGCACCGGCACGGUGCAGAAGGGGCGGCCUCGGAAGCGGAAGAGCCCCGCGCUGGGAGUGGACCUCGUCAAUUACAACUCAGGUUGUAAUGAGAAUGAGGCCGACCACCUGGAACGAGAUCAGCAGCCUUACCCGCCCUCGCAGAAGACCAAGCGCAUGCGCACCUCCUUCAAGCAUCACCAGCUGCGGACCAUGAAAUCCUACUUUGCCAUCAACCACAACCCGGACGCCAAGGACCUCAAGCAGCUUGCUCAGAAAACAGGCCUGACCAAAAGAGUCUUGCAGGUUUGGUUCCAAAACGCACGAGCCAAAUUCAGAAGGAACCUUUUGCGGCAGGAGAAUGGGGGUGUUGAUAAAGCUGAUGGCACGUCGCUUCCGGCCCCGCCCUCAGCAGACAGCGGCGCGCUCAGUCCACCCGGCACUGCGACCACUUUAACAGACCUGACCAAUCCCACUAUCACUGUAGUGACAGCCGUGACCUCUAACAUGGACAGCCACGAAUCCGGGAGCCCCUCGCAAACUACCUUAACGAACCUUUUCUAACAUUGGUUUUGUUUUUGUUUUAAAUUCUUCCUCUUCUUUUUAUGAUUAUUCUAAUGAUUAUUUUAUUAUUUACAAGACUAUUUUUUUUUUCUGACCCACAAAAUACUUGGGAAAUAAGAACAGUUUGGUGUGUAGCUUCUGCAGCCACUUGGCAAAUGAGUUUACAGUAUUGUCUCUUUUACAAAGUGCUUUUUUUUUUUUUUUUGGUCUACAAAGCGUAUUUGGAUUUAAAAAAAUUAAUUAGAUCUUUCAGUCGGUAAGGGGACGUUUGGAAUCAUUCUAAUAAGUGCCUCUUAAAAUUGUAUGUUACUUAUUUCCAGAAUCUCGAAGAAAAAAAAAAGUGGCAUUAUGAUGGGCAAAUAAUUAUAAUCCCGGUUAUACAGUUAGGAUAAUAAUCAGAUAAUUAAAAUUAUUUUUUUUUAAAUCUUGCAAUUGUACAUGUACUUAAGGACUUUUGAAAACUUCACGUUGUCUUUUUUUAAUUUGAAAAUGGAAAAAAUGUUUUGAUCAUUGCUUUUUCUUACACAUGAGGAAUAUGAUUAAACAAAAACAUUAAUGAUAGCAAAUCUAAAUAUUAAAGAUUAAUUAGGUGGGAAA